AUGUCGUUCCUCGGCCACUUGCCUGUAUCUGUUGUUUUCAACCUGGAAUCGUGUCGUUGUCUUGUUUCUGCUUCGAUUGCACGCUCGCUCGGUCAUUCGGGUGUGGGCUCAGUUUUUUCCGAAGUUCUCACGGCAUCCUAUGAAGGCUGCUCGCUCACCACCAAUGCCGAGUUUGUGGUCACACGCGCUCUUGAUUCUGAUGUGGUUGUUGGGAUGAAUUGGAUCGCUGCCUGGCGCCAUGUUGGACUUGAAGACGUGAUUUCUGACCCAGAAUCUAGCUCCUGUACUUAUUUACAAGAAUCUCAGUGUAUGGUUGCAACUCGCGCUGAUUAUAUUGCGCCUGUUGAUAUGGUGUCCGAUUCAUGUCAGUCUUCGUCCUUCACCGGGGCGGUUUCAUCGUCUCGUAGACGUUCAGAGUUGAUAAUUUGUGACAUAUUUUUGGGGUCGUAUCAUGCUGGUAUUCGCAUUAGUCCUUUUUCUGUUGAAGUCACGUUGCUUUCUGAUGCAUGCACCUUGCAUGAUUUAGAUCUUACGAACUUUCAUAUGCUGGCUGAGCUGCGCGAUCUGUUGUUGCGACAUUUCCUUAAUGGAGAGUGUGUGGUUCUGGCUGCCCGUUUACGGCACGGUGAUUAUACUGCUUGUUGUGAAAUUGCUGCAGGAUUUGGUGGGCCUUCAGAUAUGGUUGACUGUAUUCUUGGCGCAUUGACAGAGACACAUGCAUCUGCAAUAUCAGGUGAUCAUCUUUGGAUUGUCGCUCAGAGUAUUUGCAGUGAUUUGGACCAUGUACGUGUGCCACUAGAACAUUGUAGGCGAAAAGCCAUUUGCAUAUUGAAUUCCUUUCAUAACCGUUUGGUCUAUGAGGCUGUUUCUAAGUCUUCGCUGUCACUGUUUGCUGAGGUUGAACACAUAUCUAAGUCCUCAUUGGAGGCCAUAGCGUCUUGGCAUGGUUUGUGCUAUGUGGGUACAAAAGAUCAGUUGCUCGAUAGGAUUUUUGAUCACACUUCCAAGGGAACGUGUGUGUUGAAUGCACAGGAUCAUCAAUUGGCAUGUUCUCAUAUUGUUGAUGAGUGCUCCGUUGAUAGUGGAGGACAAUGCGAUGUCAGCACUGGUGUUGCCACGGACGGCAAUGGUGAUUCAAGCUCACAGAUGACGGACGUGCAGAUCAAUCUUUCAAGCUCAUUGAGAAAAACCAUUGUGCGCAAGCCGUUGCUGUGUUUAUUGUGUUGCCAUGAAGUGGAUCAUGAUGACAGUGACAGUCUUUCGCAGCUGAGAAAAUGUCUGAAAUCAUACAUUGGUGUCCUCCAGAAAGGGAAACGAGCGCAAGCUUUUCGUGUUCGUAAACAGAAUCAGUAUGUUGCGAUGGAGACGGAAAAGACUCGAUGUACUUCAGAAUGGCCUCAUAUGGUGUCUGAGGAGCGGAAAAAGUGCGUGAUUGAGAUUUUUCAUGAACAAACUUGUUCUGAAGCGCUAGCUACCUUUGUUUGUUUUGCUUGUGCUGCUGAGUAUAAUUGCAAAGAGAGGCAAGAGCUGUCUUUUGAUGAUUUCGAUGUUACUCUUCUGAAUCGCCCUGAUGUGCGCCUGCAUAAAGGGCGUGUUGUUGAUGAGGGUUAUAUCAAUAAAGCCUCGGUAGACUCGACUAUUGGUGCGGAGUUCCUUGACAACGUGAUGUAUGAACACUGA